GCAAUGGAAUCAAACAAGGACGAAGCGGAACGGUGCAUUGAAAUAUCAAUUGCAGCACUUCGAGAUAGCCAACCCGACAAAGCUAAAAGAUUUCUGGAGAAGGCACAGAAAUUGUUUCCCACCGAGAAGGCGAAACGUUUAUUAGAGUCCAUAUCUCCGAAUGGAAAUGUACACUGCAGUCACAGUAACUGUGGAGAAAAUGACGGUAUUGGUUUAAAGCAUAAAACUAACAGUGCUGGCGAGCAGACACCAGGGGAAAGUGCCACAGAUGGAACCAAGUCAUACACACAAGAUCAACUGGAUGCAGUCAAAAGGAUAAAAAAGUGCAAAAACUAUUAUGAAAUUCUUGGAGUCAGCAAAGAUGCCUCAGAUGAUGAUCUGAAAAAAGCUUAUAGAAAGCUGGCUUUAAAAUUUCAUCCAGAUAAAAACCAUGCCCCUGGUGCUACAGAAGCAUUUAAAGCUAUAGGAAAUGCGUAUGCUGUUCUUAGUAACGUUGAGAAGCGGAAGCAGUAUGACCUUUACGGUGAGGAGAAAGUCCAUCAGUCGCGUCAUGGCCAUUUUCAUCGUGGCUUUGAGGCAGAUAUCUCUCCUGAGGAUCUCUUCAACAUGUUUUUCGGGGGUGGAUUUCCAUCUAGUAAUGUCCAUGUUUAUAGUAAUGGCCGGAUGAGAUUUGGGCAUAAUCACAGGCAAGAACGACGAGAACAGCAGAGAGAUGGAAGCCUUGCUUUGUUUGUUCAGCUGAUGCCCAUCCUUAUCCUCAUCAUAGUUUCGGCCCUCAGCCAAAUGAUUGUUUCCAGCCCUCCCUACAGUCUCAGCCACAGACCAUCUUCAGGUCAUACCAACAGGCGACAGACUGCUAAUCUGAAGGUGCCUUACUAUGUGGGUGACCACUUUUCAGAGGAAUAUAGUGGAAUGAAUCUAAAGAAUGUUGAGCGUAGUGUGGAGGAGGACUACAUUUCAAAUCUUAGAAACAACUGUUGGAAAGAAAAACAACAGAAGGAAGGCUUGUUGUACCGAGCACGUUAUUUUGGAGACUCAGACUUGUACCAAAGGGCACAAAAAAUGGGUACACCCAGUUGCUCAAAGCUAUCAGACAUUCAGGUUCUGCUACACAGACACUGAGAGAAAUGAGUAGGUUCAAUGAUGAGCAUCAUGUUUGAAGGUGGCCAAGCACAGAAAACGUCUGCUCUCACUAAACCUCACUAAAAGUAGGGUGGGAAUUUGUGCCAGUUCCAGAAACUGCAAAAAAAGAACCUAUAUCGGUGUGGCUGUGGAAUGUGUUGUCUUUCCUCACCCUCAUAAUAUUGGCAAAGUUGAACGUUAUUGGGUAGCUAUUGCUGAAACCUGGUACAAUGAUAAAAAUAUUAUUUGUCAAAGUGAUCACCUGUGGAUUUGGAGGUUAAGGACUUAAUAGCUGUAUUCUGAGUGGUAAGAUAUAUGCUGCUAGCUUGAUGCUUUCUUUCUUGUAAGUCUGUGCACCCCAGUUCUAAGCAAUUUUAGAACACUGUUUGGGUUAUCUGAGCCACAUAAGAUGUAUAGUAUUUGUUUGGACCUACUUUUUUUUAAAGCAAGAACUUUAAGCAAGAGCAGUUUAAAUUCAGUUGUUGCCAUUUGUUAUUUAAUUAAUUGUUCAAUGUAGAUUUGCCUGUUCAUUUUUUUAAAAAUCAUUAAUCUUAAAUGAAAAUAAUUUUUGAUCAGUAUUAAAAUGGACUCAUCCUAAAAUUGAGUCAUUUUUAUUAUAAGGUCCCUUAUCUAUCAAACAUCUCAUUGAAAAAGUCAUGAUUUAAAGAUAUGGUUCCAUUACAGUAAUCCUGACACCCCCUUUUAUAACAAUGUUGAUGAUGGCCUUUUGAUAUUCUUGGAAAGUAUAAAUUAUUUAAAAUAUUUUGGGCAUUAAACAGGUUUUGUUGUUAGAAACUCAAGAUGCCAUGUUAUGUGAGAGUACUGAAAUACUUCAGUGCACUGGUAGCUUUACAGUUGCCAAAUACUCACUAUUUGUUGUGUUUUAUUGAACUGAAGGAAAAAAAAAAAACUUUGACUCUUGGAGAAGUCUGUUCCUUAAAAUAGCUAGUAUUUACAACCACCCAAUCAAUUACUGAAUUAAGAAUUUAAGUUUAAUGGCAUCACACAGAUUUUAUUUGUAUACAAUUCCCUGGGCCAUACGUACAUAACAAUAAAUAUAAAUAAAUCAA